AUGGGAGUAUUUGGUUUAACAGUAUUCACGACAAUUAGAAAGUUCUUGAGCGAAGAUGACAAGGCAACAAAAGAUUUCGAAUUCAUCACAUAUUACUUGAGUUUGGCUGCGGGAACAUUAAGUUUAAUCUACGGAAUAUUUCCAUUAUUUUCUAUCAAAUCUCAAACUCAACUUCGACCACAACAAACCGCUGUUGCCGUAGUAAAUUUCUUCAUCGUAGUAAGCUUCUUUAUAGCUCAUUUUAUAAUUUACACCCUCAUUGUAUUGAACCAUCCAAAGGUAUGGGAGAUGAAAUAUCGUUUUAUAGAAAAUUUGAUCUUACUCUUAAUAUUUCCUGGUUGUCUAAUUGCCCCUCCAAGAGGUCUCGUUAAAUUUAUUAAAAGAAGGUUAUUGGGCGUCGAAGAGUUAACCAUUGGUGGUGAUUAUCGUCCCAAUUUAUUACCGAACGACUAUAGUAAUACGAGUAUAAUGACGUCCCCGUGGGUGGGUGAUAUUAAAACGAGUUCACAAAAGCCUUUACCUGCUUUACCUCCUUUACCACCAAUUUCAAUAUCGAUUCCAUUAAUUUCAUCCCCUACUUGUCCAUCAUCAGGACCAAAUUCUUCAUCACCGAGAUCAGCUAUAAAUUCUAGAUCAAUUCCAAAUUCUUCUUCACCAACACCAGCACCAAAUGCUUAUACGCCUAGUCAAUUUUAUUAUAAUAGUAGUUUUAAUUCUUCAAGAAACAAUAUAACAAAUAAUUUAAGUUAUAGUUUGAAUUCAUCUAAUUCAGAUACCAGCUUUUACCUAGAUAAUUUCCGUUACAACACAUCAAAUGGUGGCAAUCCUAGACGAUUUCCUUCAAGAAGAUAG